UCAUUCGUUUUUGUUGAAAAUAUAUGUUGUAUAACCUAUCUAGCAGUUGUAAACAUUCUACAAUUUAUAUAUGUGUAAGCUCCUAUAUGUUGAUAAUGCGUGAGUCAGUGUCAGAGGAUAAAGCACUCUAAUAUAUACAUAGAUAAUUCAGAAGAUAUUUCGCAGUGGCAGGUUGAUUUUGCGGCUUCUUGUAAAACAUAAGAUGGGAAAAGAUAAAUCCAUAGAAUCAUCUGUAGGAGGAGAUGAAAUCUCCAAAAAGGCUCUUAAAAAACAACAGAAGGAAGCAGAGAAAGCAGCGAAAAAAGCUGAACGUAAAGUUCAAAAUCAAGCACAACAAGAAAUAAAUCAGGAAGAUGUAUCAGUUGGAAUGUACGGAGACAUGGGAUUGAUACAAAGUAAAGAUAAAUACUCAGAAAGAAAAUUUGUAGAUAUUAAAAAUUUGAAACCAGAUUUAGAAAAUCAGACUGUCUGGCUAAGGGGUCGUUUACAUACUAGUAGAGCAAAAGGUAAACAAUGUUUUAUUGUUUUAAGACAGCAAUCGUAUACAGUGCAGGGUUUGGCUGCAAUAAAUGAAACAGUUAGCAAACAAAUGAUUAAAUUCAUAUCUAAUAUUACCAAAGAAUCAAUUGUCGACAUAGAAGCAGUUGUAAAGCUUGUGCCUUCUAAAAUUGAAUCAUGUACACAGAAAGAUGUAGAAGUUCAUAUUAAACAAAUUUUCGUGGUAAGUGCCGCGAAACCACAAUUACCUUUACAAAUUGAAGAUGCCUCAAGACCUGUAACAGAAGCAGAUGAUAGCACUCUUAAUAUCAAAGUAAAUCAGGACACUAGAUUAGAUAAUAGAGUCCUUGAUCUUAGGACUCCAGCUAAUCAGGCUAUAUUUAGAGUAGAAGCAGGCAUUUGUAAAUUAUUCAGAGACAUUCUUACAAAUAAAGGUUUUGUUGAAAUUCAUACACCAAAAAUUAUAUCUGCAGCAAGCGAGGGUGGAGCAAAUGUGUUUACAGUAUCAUAUUUUAAAGGAAAUGCUUACCUAGCCCAAUCUCCGCAACUUUAUAAGCAAAUGGCAAUAGCAGCCGAUUUUGACAAAGUUUUUACUGUGGGUGCAGUUUUUAGAGCAGAAGAUUCUAAUACACAUAGGCACUUAACAGAAUUUGUAGGGCUAGAUAUAGAAAUGGCAUUUAAAUAUCACUAUCAUGAGGUAGUUGAUACUAUUGGACAAUUAUUCACAGAGAUAUUUAAAGGUCUUCAAAAUAAUUAUGCCGCUGAUAUCGAGGCUGUUCGUCAACAAUAUAAUGUUGAGCCUUUCAAGUUUUUAGAUCCACCUCUGAAAUUAGAAUUUAGCGAUGCAAUUGAAUUAUUGGCAGAGGCUGGUGUAACUUUAGGAGAAGAAGAUGAUUUGUCUACACCAGAUGAAAAACUGUUGGGUAAACUUGUCAAGGCAAAAUAUGAUACUGACUUUUACAUCCUGGAUAAGUAUCCAUUGGCUGUAAGACCGUUUUAUACAAUGCCGGAUCCCAACAAUCCUAAAGCGUCCAAUUCUUAUGAUAUGUUUAUGCGUGGCGAAGAGAUUAUUUCAGGCGCGCAACGUAUUCAUGAUCCUGAUCUUCUUACUGAACGCGCGAAACACCAUGGUAUAGAUUUAGAAAAGAUAAAAUCGUAUAUUGAUGCAUUUAAAUAUGGUUGUCCUCCUCACGCUGGCGUUGGAAUUGGUAUGGAACGUGUCGUUAUGUUAUAUCUUGGCUUAGAUAAUAUCAGAAAAGUUUCAAUGUUUCCUCGCGAUCCCAAGCGUAUUACACCAUAAAUUUCAAGUAUCUUACGUAAUCUAAGUGCUUACCAUUUGGCUAUUAAGAAAAACAGAAGAUUUUUAAAAAUGUGUUAUCUUUAUAAUCAUAUUCAUAUUGUAAUUUUAUAAAAUAACAAAGGCUAAUUUAAACAAAGGCGUCGUACAGGUUUCUACUUGAGCAAAUAGUAACUAAAAAAUUUCACUUAGGCUCACCUACUUUCCUACAAGAUUAAUCCUAGAUUUAAGAAUAUUUAAUGAUCGUUUAUAUUGAAACUAAAUUAUAAAAAUAAAUAAUUCAAACAUAU